AAUGUUUUUGUUUUAUUUCUGUAGGCUAAUUAAUUUAAUAAUUAGAUACACAAAAGCGGAGUAAACAAAUUGGUUUAAAUGUUCUGCUUGUGCGGCACAGCCUGUUGGACUGAUCAGAGGAAAAAUACCCGAAUAAAGAUUUAAACAAGAAAAAAAACCAAAUUCUUGAAAAUGUGUCAAAGCGAAUAUUCGUUAUUAUAGAUCAGUUUCAUUUGAGGUAUCGUGACAUUACAUUAGAAAACGAAAUAAAGACACAGGUUUAGCAUGCUCAUUUAAUCCAUACAACGAAAAUGAUUUGAAAUAAAAGCCUUACUAUAUAUUUUGAAUAAAGCCUAUAAACGAAGCGUAAGGUUAGAGUUAUUUUUCCUCCUAAACAGACUGAAUGAAACACUUGAUCAGGUUAUAAUUUCAACAGGGUUAAACUCUCCGUAGUUAGGCUGUAGCCGAGUGAACCAAGUUAACCAUUUAGCAACAUAGCCUCAUUUUCUGCAGUCAAUAACCGUCUGUAAAUAUAGACUUUCUUUUCUGACAGAUCAAAUUUUGUUUCUCUCUUCUUGAAUCAAUAAAAUAAAUGAUACUUACCUUCCAGGCUGAGGAGAUUACAGUCACGUAUCAUCUUUAUUUGGGGGAAAUGUAAUUCUAGUCUGUAACAUAAACAGAUCUAUACUUUAUACCCUGAGAAUAAUGUCGCCAAAGGAUAAAGAAUAUUUCUUUAGAAAUAUAUAUUAAAGUUAUUGGAAGAGAUGAACAUGUUCCUUCAUUUUAGGGCUAUUGUUUAAUUUUCUGUGUGUCCUAUUUGGCAGCAUAUCGUCCUAUGACAGCCUACAGCUGAAUAAAUGACUAACGGGCUAUUGUUUUAAAUCUAUAAAAUAUUUUUUUGGAAAUACACAGCAUCGAUUUUUAGCUUUUCGGGAACUCCCUUCAGAUUCUUAACACUUGAUAUUUGGAAUAAGAACUCAGGUGGACACAGUUGAAAAAAGAGGCAAGCCAAUCAGAUUGCUCCUUCCCCCUUUGGCCAAUGACAGACGCCACAUUGUUGUCAAAUUUGUCUAAUGAAAACGUAGGAGCAACAAUAGAGAGGGGAGAGAGGGAUCUGUAUCCACUGACAAUCUCUGGAGGAAGUUAGUGUCUCAGGCUGCGGCGAGUAACAACCUCGGCUCCUCCUGGACAGUUUGAACUUUCUACCGGGGAGGAAUGAUCGCUCGUCAACGCUCCUGCCAUUUUCGGAUUUAAAGUCGACAGUAUCUUCACAUUUUUGUCUCUUGGCCAGACUCCUUGAACACUUUCCACCAGAGUUUCCAUCAUAGAUUUUAUUUCCGCAUCAGUAGGCAGACAUCGUUGACUUCACCUGUUGCCCAGAGAUGUUAAGAGCCGCUGAGCAGAUGUGAACGGCUCAUUGCUAGUUUAACUAAGACAGAUCGUCCAGAACACCGUUUUUCUUCUCUACAUCUUCAGUUACAUCAGUGAGCAUGGAUCUGAGACCGGAGCUCCCCAAUGUCUCCUCUGCCUCACAAGUCCACCCGGGAGCGGCAGCGGCGGCCGCGGCAGCCUCCAUCCCGGUGUCCAUGGCCAGCAGCCUGCUGCGCGGCCCUCCGCUCCUCCUGCGCGCAGCGGACAAGUACCCGCGCACCCCGAAGUGCGCCCGCUGCAGGAACCACGGCGUUGUCUCCGCACUGAAGGGCCACAAGCGCUACUGCCGCUGGAAGGACUGUAUGUGCGCCAAGUGCACCUUGAUCGCCGAGAGGCAGCGAGUGAUGGCGGCGCAAGUGGCGCUGCGGCGGCAGCAGGCGCAGGAGGAGAACGAAGCCCGAGAGCUGCAGCUGCUCUACGGCACGGCGGAGGGACUCGCCCUGGCCGCCGCCAACGGCAUCAUCCCGCCGCGUCCGAAUUACGAGGUGUUUGGCUCGGUGAGCAGCGAGAGUAACUCAGAUUCAAGCAUGCAGAAGUAUGAGCUGUUCCCAAAGAGCCAGCUGUCCGGAUCCGCCAACCCUCAGCAGACUGUGGGGAAACCGGCGUCCACCGAAAGUGACUCGGCCCCGGGCAUCUCGUCCCCAGACGGCCGGCAUGGAGGCUCGGGCUCAGAGAACGGAGACAGCGAAUCCUUCAUCAGCUCGCCGGUCUCCAAGCCUUUAAAAGACGGAGGGGAAACUCCUGGCUCCGUCAGCUCCCUCGGCUCUGACUCCGGCUCCGAGACCGACAAAGACGAGCAGGAACCAUCCCCGUCCUCUGCGGCCUCCCGGCACAUGAACGCCAUCGACAUCCUGACCCGGGUGUUCCCCAGCCACAAGCGGAGCGUGCUGGAGCUCGUCCUGCAAGGCUGCGGAAAGGACGUGGUGCAGGCCAUCGAGCAGAUCCUCAACAACAGCGGGGCUCAGGGCCCCAACAAGGCCGGGCCAGAUGAGACGUGGACGGCCGAGAGGAUGCUCCAAAACGCACAGCAGGCUCCGCCGUCCUCCGCGACAUCCACGACCGCCCCGACGAGGCCCAUGCUACCCGGAGCCAUGACGCUCAGUAACCGCUCUGCGUUUUCUCCUCUGCAGCCAAACGCACCGCACUUCGGCGCCGAUCCUAGCACCUAUUCUCUGGGCACCCACCUGGGACUGAACCCGCUGCGGCUGGCCUACUCUGCGCACAGCCGGGGACUGGCUUUCAUGACGCCCUACUCCACCACCGGGCUGAUGCCCACCCUGGGGUUCAGACCCCCGAUGGACUAUGCCUUUAGCGACCUCAUAAGGGACAGGACAAUGUUGCACAAGGAGCAAGGCUAUGCCAGCGGCCUGUACGGGCCUUUAGUCAACAACACGCCGGAGAAACAGUGAGGCCGGUGGACUGACCACAGAGACACAUUCCGUUGUAUUUGUAGCCACAAGUGUUGAAUAUUCUGGCGAAAAUCUGUGAUGUGUUUUGGCUGCAGGCUACUGUAUAUAAUAGGAUUAUCUGGCUUGUAGUCAAAUGGUCUGAGAGGGAGAAAAAAUAACUAAACUCACUUAUGUGUAAUUUUUAAAAAUAAUUUUAUAUGUUUGACUACAAACGUUUGGAUGACAUCCCCCCAGGUAUCAACCUUACAAAUUAUUCCAUCAAUAAAAUAACGCGAGGCUGAAAAGAUAUUUAUAGAUUCCAAAAAUAAAUCAAAGAUGGAAAAUAAAAAUUAAAACCAGUUCGAAAGUCUAAACCUACAUAUAGCCUAUGUUAUUUUAUUAGUGAUUUUUUUAUAUGUCAAUUGUGCGGGAUUUAAAAUAAAAUAAAGUAAAAGUGAUUUAUCAGAGAGUUAUGACUUUCCAAAGUCCAUCAAACUUUCAGCUGGUUGAUGAAACUGAAGUACAUAUAAUAUUCAAACUUUAAAUAGCCUAUACGUUUCUUCUCACACACGGAAUAUUAAAUGAGGCGAAAUUAAGUUAUUAUAACAUGUAGCUUACGGAUGUUAACACUAUUUCCUGAUGUAAAAGUUGAACUAAUGAUGUGUAAAUGCCAUCCCUUUUUUCUUAUGUAUUAUUUCACUUAUCUCACCUUUUUUUUUUUUUUUUUAGUUCGUUUCCAACUGCCUGUAUUAUUGCAUUUGGUAAUAUGAAAUGCUAUGCUAUAUUUGACUUUUUCAUUUAUCCGGUAGUCAGCUCAAAUAUUUUGUGACAAAGUGCUGGAUCAAGUCAGUUCCUCUUCAAAUGUUACAAGCUGUGCUGUCACAUUGUAUGAAUAUGCUGGAAAUAAAUGUUAUUUUAAAGAAA